AUGUUGCUAAAAAUAGUGACAGAUUUCCUAAUGUCCAUCGCGCGUAUACUACUACCAGUUAUCCUGUGUGCCCUGUCAAUGACACUCGCACAAAUACAGAUUCAUAUCCAAGUUUCAGACUUUAACGAAGUCACCGUUCGAACCAGUGGUCAAUCAGAGACAAGAGAUCUAAACGCAAACCAUAAAGAACUAUUCCAUAUUACAGAUGAACUAUUACAGAAAGCCUUAUUUACACUAACUGGACUACAAACUGAGGUUUUCCUCGAUAGCGACAACGAUGUAUAUAAGAAUUAUGAAUUAGAACCAGUUAAAACGGUUCUAAAACCAAACGGUACUAAAAUAAACGUUAUACAAGAGGAAGUUAUUUUGAACAAGUUACAGACGUACAAUAAUUACGCAACGGAAAAUUCCCAAAUAAUUACACUAACAGGAAAUAUAGAGGAUAAUGUGACGUGUGUGUAUAAACAGAAGGACGUUUUUCCCGUGGAGAUAAUACAUAUAAUUGACGUACACGGCAUAAAUAAGAAUUGGAGCAUGCAAUCUAAUUUUGGAAGGGAUUUUUCUGAAACGCAAAGCAUUCCUAUUGCUAAUGCAUCUUUUGCUGUAACUUUAGGUCCAAAACAGGAUGCUACAGCGAUUUUAGGUGCAACUAAAGUUACUGUUUUAAUACAGAUAGAUUACUUAGCGAUUUUAACCGGCAAUGUUUUGGCCAAAUUCGAUAGUUCUUACGUUUGGGGCUACGAGCAUUAUGAUAUAAAAACGAUUAUGGAUGAAGCUGGAAUGCCAUAUAGUGUAAGACUUAGUGAAGAAAUAAGUAUAGAAUUUUACACUAACUGCUCUAUAAAAGUGUAUGGAGACAAUGUAUUUGCUAUGAAUAGUGUAAAUCAAUGCUUCUUUACUGUUAUAAAUGUAACAGAUGAUGAAGAUAUUAACUGGAGAACAGGAAAGAUGAAACAUAAGAAAUUAACUUCUAAAGCUCUUCCAAAAGUGUUAAAGCAACAAGGAAACAGGGCUAUGAGGAACUCGGGGAUUAGUCUUUUAUUUGUUUCGUUAUUUGUGAUAAUAGAAAGACUUUGAAAUUU